AUGCCCAACAAGAAGAAAUACAACAUCAACAGGGACCCGGGGACUAAAGCCCAGAAGCAGGAGUUCAACAAGCGCCCCACGAAGAUCGGCCGCCGCUCGCUGUCCCGCUCCAUCUCGCAGUCCUCCACAGACAGCUACAGCUCAGCUGCCUCCUACACAGACAGCUCUGAUGAUGAGACCUCCCCCCGAGACAAGCAGCAGAAGAACUCCAAAGGCAGCAGUGAUUUCUGUGUCAAAAACAUCAAGCAGGCAGAGUUUGGGCGCCGAGAGAUCGAAAUUGCUGAACAAGAAAUGCCUGCACUGAUGGCUUUGAGGAAGAGAGCUCAGGGAGAGAAGCCACUGGCCGGGGCCAAGAUCGUGGGCUGCACACACAUCACAGCACAGACAGCUGUGCUGAUGGAGACCCUGGGAGCCCUGGGUGCCCAGUGCAGAUGGGCUGCCUGCAACAUCUACUCGACCCUCAAUGAAGUGGCUGCUGCCCUUGCUGAGAGUGGGUUCCCUGUCUUUGCCUGGAAGGGAGAAUCUGAAGAUGACUUCUGGUGGUGCAUCGACCGCUGCGUCAACGUGGAAGGCUGGCAGCCCAACAUGAUCUUGGAUGAUGGAGGAGAUCUGACUCACUGGAUUUACAAGAAAUACCCCAACAUGUUCAAGAAGAUCAAGGGGAUUGUGGAGGAGAGUGUGACUGGUGUCCACAGGCUCUACCAGUUGUCCAAAGCAGGGAAGCUCUGUGUCCCAGCCAUGAAUGUCAACGACUCGGUCACCAAGCAGAAGUUUGACAACCUGUACUGCUGCAGAGAGUCCAUCCUGGAUGGGCUGAAGAGGACAACAGACAUGAUGUUUGGGGGCAAGCAGGUGGUGGUUUGUGGCUAUGGGGAGGUUGGCAAGGGCUGCUGUGCUGCUCUCAAGGCCAUGGGCUCCAUCGUGUAUGUGACAGAGAUUGACCCCAUCUGUGCCCUCCAGGCCUGCAUGGAUGGAUUCCGGCUGGUAAAGCUCAACGAAGUCAUCAGACAAGUUGACAUUGUCAUCACCUGCACAGGCAACAAGAACGUGGUGACCAGGGAACAUCUGGACCGGAUGAAGAACAGCUGCAUUGUCUGCAACAUGGGACACUCCAACACUGAGAUCGACGUGGCCAGCCUACGUACCCCUGAGCUGACCUGGGAGAGGGUGAGGUCCCAGGUGGACCAUGUCAUCUGGCCAGAUGGGAAGAGAAUUGUCCUUCUGGCAGAGGGGAGGUUGCUGAACCUGAGCUGCUCCACUGUCCCCACCUUUGUCUUGUCCAUCACGGCCACCACGCAGGCUUUGGCUCUGAUAGAGCUGUACAACGCCCCCGAGGGCCGCUACAAGCAAGAUGUGUAUUUGCUGCCUAAGAAAAUGGAUGAGUACGUGGCCAGUCUCCACCUCCCCACCUUUGAUGCCCACCUGACAGAACUCACGGAUGAACAAGCAAAAUACCUGGGACUGAACAAGAAUGGACCUUUCAAACCAAACUACUACAGUUCCUGA